AGGUGCUCACGUGAUCAUUCGCUUACGUGAGCAGAAGUAGUUCGGUCGUCGUCUACCGUCUCGCUAUAGCCGUUUGAGGGCAGGAGGAACAUCGUCCGGCAUCUUUGGAGCUACACUGAAAUUGCAUUGAUCCGAGCUUGCCACCAAGAGCCUAACAGUCACCAUGAUGCUGAGCACGGAAGGCAGGGAGGGUUUCGUGGUGAAGGUCAGGGGCCUACCCUGGUCCUGCUCUGCUGAUGAAGUGAUGCGCUUCUUCUCUGAUUGCAAAAUCCAAAAUGGCACAUCAGGUAUUCGUUUCAUCUACACCAGAGAAGGCAGACCGAGUGGUGAAGCAUUUGUCGAACUUGAAUCUGAAGAUGAAGUGAAAUUGGCUUUGAAGAAGGACAGAGAAACCAUGGGACACAGAUAUGUUGAAGUAUUCAAGUCCAACAGUGUUGAAAUGGAUUGGGUGUUGAAGCAUACAGGUCCGAAUAGUCCUGAUACCGCCAAUGAUGGCUUCGUCCGCCUUAGAGGACUCCCAUUUGGCUGUAGCAAGGAGGAGAUUGUUCAGUUUUUUUCAGGGUUGGAAAUUGUGCCAAAUGGGAUGACACUGCCUGUGGACUUUCAAGGGCGGAGCACAGGGGAGGCCUUUGUGCAAUUUGCUUCACAGGAGAUAGCUGAAAAGGCCUUAAAGAAACACAAGGAAAGAAUAGGGCACAGGUACAUUGAAAUCUUUAAGAGUAGCCGAGCUGAAGUCCGAACCCAUUAUGACCCCCCUCGAAAGCUCAUGGCUAUGCAGCGACCUGGUCCCUAUGAUAGGCCAGGGACUGGCAGAGGGUAUAAUAGCAUUGGCAGAGGGGCUGGGUUUGAAAGGAUGAGACGGGGUGCCUAUGGUGGAGGGUAUGGAGGCUAUGAUGAUUAUGGUGGCUAUAAUGAUGGGUAUGGCUUUGGGUCUGAUAGAUUUGGAAGAGACCUCAAUUACUGUUUUUCAGGAAUGUCUGAUCAUAGAUACGGAGAUGGUGGGUCCAGUUUCCAGAGCACCACAGGGCACUGUGUACACAUGAGGGGAUUACCUUACAGAGCCACCGAGAAUGAUAUUUACAAUUUUUUCUCACCUCUUAACCCCAUGAGAGUACACAUUGAAAUUGGACCCGAUGGCAGAGUUACUGGUGAGGCAGAUGUUGAAUUUGCUACUCAUGAAGAUGCUGUGGCAGCUAUGGCAAAAGACAAGGCUAAUAUGCAACACCGAUAUGUGGAGCUCUUCUUGAAUUCUACUGCAGGAACAAGUGGGGGCGCUUAUGAUCACAGCUAUGUAGAACUCUUUUUGAAUUCUACAGCAGGGGCAAGUAGUGGUGCUUAUGGUAGCCAAAUGAUGGGAGGGAUGGGCUUAUCCAACCAGUCUAGUUAUGGGGGUCCUGCUAGCCAGCAGCUGAGUGGUGGUUAUGGAGGUGGUUAUGGUGGUCAGAGCAGUAUGAGUGGAUAUGACCAAGUUCUGCAGGAAAACUCAAGUGACUAUCAGUCAAACCUUGCAUAGGUAGAGAAAGGAGCAUCAAACAGCUACUACAGAAAUGAAAGCUGUGCAUUUAUGGGAGUUGAAUAGAAUGGGAGGGCUGUCUAGCAUAUCCAAUAUGGUAAAUGGGAAAUAGAUUCUGAUCACUCUAGGUCAAUUUCUUUCUUUUUUUCCUUUCUCUUUUUUU